AUGCUACAACCCAGGAGGGGCGGCACCUAUGUGUGCUGGAACUGCCUUGCCCGGGGCGUGCGUCCACGAGCCGCCGCCGGCGUGCCAGACCUGCAACGGCCCCGGGUCACGUCAGGGCUCUCAGCAUCUCCUAUACUGCGUAUAGGGGUGCAAACAUUCACGACCAUCAAGCGCCACCGCACAACCCUCGCCCGUCAUCCCAAGCCUAAGCCCAAGCCCAACUACCGUGAUUCCCUCGCGGCUACGGCUGAUGCCGGACCCAAGCAAUCCUCGAUCCGCGAGCAGCUGGCAAAGUGGGAAAAGGAGCAAGGGCAGGCCAAGGUAAUAGACAAGGACAACAUUGCCUUCAAGCUGCCGUGGGCUACGCAUAACAACGCGACACGCUCUCAGACAUCGCAUGGCGCCGCGGAGCUGGACGAGGAUGCCAGGGGGAGCCCGGACGACAAGGUCGACUUUGAUCUGGAACAGGACCUCCAGCCCAUGUCGUCGGGCAUCCAGGCCGGCGACCUGGUCGAGUUCCCGUCCAACGCCCAGAGGGCGCGUCAGAUGGCCGUGUGUAUCGCCCGUAUCGAUGGCAUAGACCACUUCUACGCCGACAACGGCAGCUGGGUUUUUACCAGAGCGGCAUACACCAGGUUUAUCGUUCCUGGCUUCGCCUCAGAGGCCGAGAUCGCUCCUGUACGCGGUGCUCUGCCGCCCUCGGGCACCUCGGAAGAGGCCAUGGUGGAGCUACGUGACAAGCAUCAGGGGCCAAGCAGGGAGCUUGCCGAGGGUCUGCUGUGCAAAAUGACAGAAUUCGCCGCCAAGGCAACUGCCGUCACGCAGACAUACUCGACCCGGCUCGAGGGCGCGCACGAAGCCGUACUGCAGUCGGGGGGCUCCUUUAUCACGGCCGAGGAGGCCGCCGAGGUGGUGCUUCCCCACCAGGCCCGUGACCUAGACACCAUGGAGAUUCCGGUCGAAGCUGUCUAUGCCGUGCACCGUGCCAUGCUCAAGCAUGAGGAGGCCUUUUGUCCCUUAUUCCGCGCCGCUUUUGGCCUCCGCGGCUGUCUCUUCGAGGUCCUGCCCGCCGAAGACGUCGACGCGGUGCGCACCGCCAAGAAUAUUGUGCGAGCCUACUACAUCGACCAGGCCGCGCGGUUAUCUGAAGACAAGUCGGAGAAGCACCGCCCCAAAAACAGACUGGAGAGGUUCGUCGACAGGGCCCGUCGUCAGAUCGACCGCAGUCGCAGGCUCCGCGACCACAGCGCUGGAAUGGGUCUCCUAGGUCCCUGUCCUACCGUGUCUGAGGCUGAGGCCGAGGCAAAGGCCGUGGCCGGCGCAGAUGAUGCGCCCCUGGAGGCCACGGGCUGGCUUGACGAGGAGGAUGAUACUGAGAUUAUGCGCUUCAUGUACCUGUGGGCUGCGAGCCGCAAGUUCGCGCCCGAAUCGGGUAUCAAUGUCUACGGGUCCACCAUCCUCAAGGCCCUGGGUCGCUACAGUCACAUCGAGCGGCUUGACGUCUCGGUCGGCUGGAUGUUUUUGCAGGAAGUGGGCUGGAUCCUCCCCUGGGACUUUGCCGCACGUCACACACUUCCGCCCCCAGGUCUUCAGGUCAGCCGCACCGGCGGCCUCCUCGGCCGUCCCGAGCCCAUCUCCCACGAGGCGCUCCACCGGGACAUAUACCCCGGAAAGCGGAGGGACUGGGGAGACACCAAGAUCUACUGCAUUGACUCGGCCUCCACCACCGAUGUCGACGAUGGACUGUCGAUCGAGCGCACCGACACACCAGGGCAGUACUGGAUACACGUGCACAUCGCGGAUCCCACGUCGGCCAUCGUGCCCGGAGACCCAGCCGCCAAGUACGCCGAGAUCAUCACCCAGACCAUCUACCUGCCUGGUCACUAUGAGCCCAUGUUCUCUGGAGACACCGUCAAGGACCGGUUCUCGGUCGCGCGCGGCAGCCGCUGCCUCACCUUCAGCGCCAAGCUGGACGAGAGCGGAGCGUUGCUCGACCUAGACAUCACGCCCGGCGACCUGGGCAACGUCGUCUACAUGACCGUCGAAGAGCUGGCCACCGUUUGCCCCUUUCCACCUGGUCCGAAGCCGCCGCAGGACAGCAUCCGCGUCGGCCCUGAGCUGCCAUCCGAGGAGGUCCUGAGCGCCGAGGUCAAGCCGCUGUCUAGGAUUAGUGACCUCUCGCCCGGGGAUGUCGAGGACCUCAAGCUGCUCGGCCGCCUGACCGACGCCCGCCGGGCCGUCCUCGAGGCCAAAGGCGGCAUGCCCGCCAGCGCCUUCCGGCCGCGUUCUGUCGCGCGCCUCUCGUUUGAGAACACACGCGUGGUCGAGGCCCCGGACGGCUCGUUCCGCGCCCUCGGCGACCCCUCGAUCGAGGUGUCGUACCCGGACAACGGCGGCCACACACUCGUGUCGACGUCGAUGCUGCUCGCCGGCGAGGUUGCGGGCCGCUGGUGCGCCGCCAGGGGCAUCCCCAUGCCCUACCGCACCAUGCCCCAGGCCGAGCUCAACCGGGCCGUGCUGCUGCCCUGGGCCCGCGACGUCUUCUACCCAAAGGUGCUGUCGGACCGGCCCCUCGACACAACCGACGAGAACAGCUUCGCCGCCCUCUCGGGCCAGCACCAGCUGAGCGCCUCGCCCGGCCCCUACUUCCUGCUGGGCCUCGACGUCUACGUCAAGGUCACCAGCCCGCUGCGCCGCUACGCCGACCUGCUCGCCCACUGGCAGAUCCACGCCGCCCUCGCCGAGGAGGCCCGCCGCCGCGACGCUGGCGCCUCCCUGCCUGCCGCCGCGGCCCUCGCCGCCGCGGCCGCCUUGGCAUCGCCCCCGUCCUCCCUGCCCUUCUCGCGCGCCCGGCUGGAACGCGAGGUGCUGCCCAUGCUCCGGAUGCGCGAGUUCGCCGCCGCCCGCCUGUCGAGGGAGCACUCGCACUACUCGCUGCAGGCCCUGGCGCGCGCCUGGCGCUUCGGCCAGGCCCCGCUGCCUGACACCUUUGUGUUCCGCGUCUCGCGCCCGCGCGUGCGCCGCCCCAUCCUCGGCCGGCUCUCCACCUUCUUCGACGUCCGCUGCUUCCUGGUGCCCGCCGACCCGUCCGGGGAGCAGCAGCAACAGCCCGUCGUCGACCUGUCCUCGCUCAAGGCCGACGACCUGGUCGAGGUCAGGCUCAAGAGCGUCGACCCGAGCACCCCGAUUGUCCUGGUCGAGGCCGUUAGGAAGCUCGAUGGCGGCGAUAGUGUCGGUAUAACGGAUGGUCAAGCCCAGUAG